GCUAUGACAACGUAGAUUAUAUAUAUAAUCAUAAAAAAAAAACCGCGACAGACCAUGCAAGCUUUUUCAACAUUCUAAUUCGUCUUUGAUGAAAACAAUAAACUCUGGUCCCUGAAUAAGUUUGGGGAGGAGAUGGGUUGUCUACACGCGUUCCAAACCUAAGAUAAGCCUUUUUUUAACAAUAAUAUUGAAUAGAUGGGUGGGGGGUGUUUUAAUGUUGAGGCUACUGAUCCGUUGGGAGGUUUUGAUAUAACUCUUACGCAUAGGCUCAUCCACGUCCUACUACACUGUUAUUUCGAUCAUUCUGACUCUAAUGAACGACGAUGGCUAUGGCAAAUAAUUUCUUUAUUACAAUUUUUCGCAAUACUAAACAUGGUUUUUUGUAAAGCACCAAAAUUUUGCCCAAGAUGUCGUUGUAACUACUUUUUUAAGGUGUCAUUCUAUUUUGAGCCUGAAGUGCAACAACACCCACAACAAUAUCUGUUUUUGGAAUUUUUACAAGUAAAGUAUGUAUGCACAAACGUGUGUCCCCCUUUUGCGCCGCUUCGAUUGCCGCUUUUAGUUUACUUUUUUGCUCUCAAUUUUACACUCCACAAAGAUAAAACUGAUCUGCAAAAAUGCAAAAGUUUUCAAACAAUGAAUUUGGAGAUUCAGGGCACGUGCGCUUACUCCGUCAAAUUCACGUAA